AUGAAGUAUGUCAACAGUAUAGACGUAGGUGAGGUACAAAACUUGCAUGAACUGUCAAGAGACUUUUCUGUGCAACAGGUGUGUGGUGUUUACUGACCACUGAAGCCUUUUCUACUUAGAUUAGCUGACCCAUACAUCACAUUUAAUGAUGAAAAUCCCUGCUUGACUUGGUGUAAUGGUCAGAAGAAUGUAAUACAUGUGUCAAUUGGAGCUGAUGAAGCACCCUUUGGGAAGGAUGACAAUGCAACUGGUAGUUAUACAUGUAGAUUACAGAGGAAAGUUUUAGGCAUGGCACACUUACAGUCAGGAAAUUUCCUUGAUUUAUCUUAUUAUUCUAUAUUCUGUGAUCAUUUUAUUAUUUUAUGGCCAGUUUAAAUUUCAUAGUUUAUGGUAAAGCUCUAAAAUGUGAUGAUUUACAAGUUCCUUUAUGGGUUUAAACCAAAUAGUAACCCACCGUUCAAACUUGCAUUAUAAUUUUCAUUUAACUUUGAACUUUUUAGAACAUUGACUUUUCAUAUCCUUUCACUGGACUAGAAUCUAGACAAUUCUAUUUUUGCCUAUGCUGUCCAAGAAUUGCUCAAUGUUGAAUCAUUAUCUACGACCAUCAAGGUUAAAUUGCAUGCCUUAGCAUAUGUUGCAAUAGAACUAAGGGAUGCUACUUCUAUUUAUAAAAGAGUAGAAGUAAACAGGGAUCUUUUGAAAAAGCUGUUUUUUAGCUGCAAAAACUAUUUCAAUGCUUAUAGUCUGUUUCUUGGUCCUAGAAUUAGCCCUCCAGUCUGGACAGUUGGGUACGCAAUUCCCUACCAUAAUCUUCAACUCUCUGAACAGUUUAAGUAUGGCUUGUUAUUAAAAUCAAUGCAAGGACGUGAAGCUAAACAUAUCAAAUUAGCCAGAUAUGUAGAGAACACAUGUAAUGUGGGAAAGAGUGACAGAUGGUGGGUUGUCUUUCGAUAUGAAUAUAUCUCUAUGAUUUGGCUUCAGGAGUUAGAUCCCCUGAGUAUCACUUACAGUCAUACUCAGGGGAUUUUUUAG